CAACUCUCACUGCGCGCGCCGCGUGCGGUUGUGGUCACUCGCCCACCUCCUCGCCUCGUUCGCUCGGACGUGCUGCGGCUCCACACACCUCAGUGCUCUGUCACACAGCUACCCGUAUGCGCGUUAUACCGUACGUCGCGCAGUUUCUCUCGAAAAUUAAUUAGUAUGUGAAUGCGGAGUUUUUAUUUGUUCAACACGAAAACGAGUGAAAUGUUGUUCGCUCACUGAUCAGCACGCAUUUGCUUCGCCUUUGGACAGGCUUCAUGUGAGGGACUGACCACUUCUUUUCAGUUACGAUACUUCUUUCUUCUUCUCUCAGUUAUGAUUAUAAGGAUACGAUGGCUCAUGCAAUGGAUCGCCACAGUUUCUCUAAGUCUGAUGAUGACUUCAGGUAGCCCUAUAUUUCUGCAACAAACCGGAAGGAAUCAUCGGCCAGUGAUAAAAUGGAUGCCACCUAACGACGAUUGGAACUGGACGUUGACGCCACGCAACGAGGAACCAUUCUUCCUUCCUUCUAAUUAUAAUCAUACACUACCGCCAUCCGCUAAUGAGACUGAACUUAUUGCUCACAUGACAGCUUUAAAACGAAAUUACUCUCGUCUUCUAUGGGACAGCGACAAGAGUACUAACCUUCCAGUAUUUGUGGAAAAAGCUUUAAAACUUCUUAAUUUAAAACAAGUUUAUUACGAAGUAGAGCACUCUGUUAUGUCUAAGGUUUCGUGCACGGCUUGCAAAGCUGGUGCCGGACUACUUCAACAUUACAUAAGACUCGGUAAAAGCAAAGAUGAGAUCAACAAGAUGAUAUAUCAAUUCUGUGUAUCGUUAAAGAUUCAAUCGGCUCGUGUUUGUGAAGGUAUUACGAGGCUGUUUGGGAGUGAAGUGGUCUACGUAUUGAAGCGUAUCACAAUAGGUCCCGACGAAAUCUGCAGUUUUGUGAUCGGAGACGCGUGUGGCGAUGUCUAUAACCCUUACCACGAGUGGGAAGUGGCAUUCCCUCCUGUGCCCAAACCCGCCGUGCGAGCACUUGAAGCUCCUGUCAAUAAAGCUCCGACGUUUAAAGUGCUGCAGAUUUCCGAUACACAUUUCGAUCCUUAUUACGCUGAAGGUGCAAAUGCGGAGUGCAACGAGCCUCUUUGCUGUCGAGCGUCCAGUGGGCCUGCGCUGACGCCGGGCGGAGGCGCCGGCCGCUGGGGAGACUACCGCAAGUGUGACACACCCAAACGUACCAUAGACCACAUGUUGAAGCACAUAGCAGACACUCACACCGACAUUGAUUACAUCUUAUGGACGGGAGAUCUACCACCUCACGAUGUAUGGAACCAAACCAAAGAGGAGAAUUUAAAAGUGCUGCAGGAAACUGUAGCACAAAUGUCGGACAUGUUCCCCGGAGUUCCGAUAUUCCCUGCCCUUGGGAAUCAUGAGUCAUCUCCAGUCAAUAGCUUCCCACCGCCUUACAUAGCAUCUUCGGAGCUGAAUAUAGCGUGGCUGUACGACGAGCUGGACGCGCAGUGGCGUCGCUGGCUGCCGGCUGGAGUCUCCCACACGGUGCGUCGCGGGGCCUUCUACUCGGUCCUCGUGAGGCCCGGCUUCCGCAUCAUAUCGCUCAAUAUGAACUACUGUAAUAAUAAGAACUGGUGGUUGUUAAUGAACAGCACAGAUCCAGCAACGGAACUUCAGUGGUUAAUUUACGAACUGCAAUCUGCGGAGUUCAGUGGUGAAAAGGUCCACAUCAUUGGCCAUAUUCCACCGGGCCAUUCUGACUGUUUGAAAGUGUGGAGCCGAAAUUACUACGCCGUAGUUAACCGAUAUGAAUCAACGAUAACAGCACAAUUUUUCGGGCACACUCAUUUCGAUGAAUUCGAAGUUUUUUAUGAUCCGAACGACCUUGGUCGAGCAACAAGCAUAGCGUACGUAGGUCCCUCUGUGACACCGUACUACGAUUUAAAUUUAGGUUAUCGAAUAUAUUAUGUAGAUGGUGACCAUGAAGCCACUACGCGGCAAGUGGUCGACCAUGAAACUUGGAUUAUGAACUUGAAAGAGGCCAAUCUGUUUGGUUACCCGAUCUGGUACAAGUUAUAUUCGGCACGGUCUUCAUACAUGAUGCCGGCACUCCGGCCGCAGGACUGGGACAAGUUCAUCGACGACAUGACUACCAAAGAAGAUGUUUUUAACUUAUACUACAAACAUUAUUGGAAGAACAGUCCACGUCGAGGCACGUGUGACGGCGAGUGUCGCAAGCGGCUGGUGUGCGACGCGCGCUCGGGGCGGUCGCACGACAGACGCGCGCUGUGCGGCCUCAUAGAAGCCCGCAUCGACGGCGCCGCGCCCACUCCACAGACCUGGCGAGCCUGGCUCUAUAAUAGCCUGUCUGUCUCAGAGCCUCCUCCCCCUUCUGUACAGCAAGUAUAACGGUGGUGGAAUUAGAAUUAAGUUUACUGCACAACAAUGCUAAGGAUGUCCAUGAUAAUGCAGAUACCUCAAGUGGCGUAUCAAAUACCAAAGUUCGUGAUGGGCCUCGGCUGAGAAAAUCUUUAAUGUAGAAUGUGCAAAAGUUAGCAGGCCACCGGGCUAAUCUCGACGAAAUAUUUCUACAAACGUUCGUCGAUAGCCUCCUAAUCACCAUAGACAGUUAUUUAUUAUUUCAAAUUAUAUCAAUUAAACGAUGUGCCUUAUUCUGUUUUAAUGAGUAGUUAAUUACUCAAAGUUAUUUUAUUAAAUGAAUCAGGAAACUUCUAUCGAACAACAUGUUUCGGUGGUUUUUAAUAACGACCACAUUAAGUUCUAAGCGUAUUUGUAAAUAUUAUUUUUAAUUGUAUAAUAAAUUACUUAGUUUGGCUAA